AUGGGGGAUAAUAUAACAAGUUUUGAAAGCAACUUCGGAGCAACUUCCGACUUUAAAGAUGCUUCUACCCAGUUUCAGUAUAACGCUCUUGUUUCAGAUCCCUUAGCGAAUGUUGAUAAAGGAAACACAGACAUUUUAAUGUAUUGUAUAGGAGGUAUCCGCUGUGUAUAUUCUACUAUCCUUAGACAAAGGGGUUUCCGAAAUUUGUACACCUUGAAGGGAGGUGUUUCUCACUAUCUUAAGAAUGAAGGUCCUGUAGAGUGGGUUGGGAAUUUGUUUGUGUUUGAUUCCCGUCUUUCUCUCCCACCUGGAACCUACAAGCCUGAAGCUAUGGCUGAAGCAAACAAGACUGGACAAGUUUCUGAAAACCCAUUUGCUACGUGCUAUAUAUGUGAUUCACAAAUUUCUGAGUUAAGGCAUCGAAACUGUGCAAAUCUUGAUUGCAACCUACUCUUUCUAUGUUGUUCCGACUGCGUGAAGACUUUGCAAGGAUGUUGCUAUAUAAAUUGCACUACUGCCUCUCGACUUAGACCCGUUCUUCCUGGACAUGAAAGAUACCAAAAAUGGCAUAUAUAUCGAGAUUCAGAACUGCAAACAAGCUGACAAUCUGACCAUUUCUUUAUGCAAUAUAGCAAGUGGAUAAAUUUUUCGGUGUUCAUCUGGCGAGGAUCUUCUAAUUGGGAUAAUGCAACCU